AUGAAAUAUCAAGUCAAUAGCCGGUUGUGUGUGCUGGUUAAGGCUGUAACUCGCAUCAAGAAACUUGCUGAACAAUCACACUUUCAUUAUAAAAACGUUGAACUAGGCCCUGUUGGCGUUCGGCUAUUAUCUGCAAAAUAUGUGGCUGGCGAAGGACAGUUAGCUAUUGAAGUUGAAAGUAACAAUACCAAAUGGACCGUCCAUCGAACAUUCAGUCAAUUAUGCGAAUUUGAUUGCCAGCUGCAUCGUUGUGUUUUUGAUAGAAAUCACAGUAAACUGUGUGAACUCAGUGAAGUUACAGUUAACGAAGAAAAUUUGUUGUCACUGGUAGAGAAAUACCUGCAACGCGUUUCACAGUUAACUGGUAGUCUGAUCAAAUGUUUUCCAGUUCUACGAUUUCUAGAGGUAGACAGCAAAGGAAAUCGCUUCUUACCGGCCGAAGAAACGGCAAUUAAUACGCCAGCAAUUGCCACCGCUAUUGUUACCAAAGAUUAUACAGCGCGAAACAGUAGUGAAAUUUCAUUAAAGAUCGGCGAUAUCGUUUCAGUAAUUCAGAAAUACCCGCCACGAAGUGAUGGUAUAUGUUGGUGGAAAGCAAAGUUAACUAUUACGAACAGUGUCGAUAACAGCACUGAUAUAGACUCAAGAUAUAAAGUGCCUGUAGGCUUAUUUCCCAGUGAUUGUGCACAACUGUUUGACGGUAAGUCUGAGCUAAACAAUGGUACACCAAAAACAAAGGCAAAAAGAGCUUCCAGACCAAGGGAACGGUCCUUAAUUCGGGUAUUCUUAAAAAGAAAUCCUCCGCAACAUAUCAUACCAGUUUUUGGAACCGAUCUGAUAGAGUAUCUUCAAAAGACUGGUCACGACGUGCCAAUUAUACUGAAAAAAUGCGUCGAAGUAAUUGAAAGUUACGGCAUUGUCACUGGAGUUUAUCGGCAAUGUGGAAUACAAUCAAAUGUGCAAAAACUAAGGAAUGCUUUUGAUUGUGGACUAAUAUCAGAUGUUUUCAACGAAAGUAUUCUACGUGACGUUCACUGUGUGUCAUCGUUGUUGAAACAGUAUUUUCGUCAGUUACCAAAUCCGUUAUUCACAUUCACGUUGUAUUCUCAGUUUAUUCUUGCCUACGAGACAAGGGACGAAACCCGGACGGACAAAUUCAAGACCGUCAUCGAAAAGUUGCCUUCUGAGCAUUACAGGACUGCCAGGUAUCUUAUUCGACAUUUAGCUAAAUUGUCUCGUUGCGCUCAUCUAACAGAUAUGAACUCAAAGAAUUUGGCUAUCGUUUGGGCGCCUAAUUUGUUCAGAGCUCCCCCAUGUCCAAACGGUAACGAUGUGCAUUCACUGCAAGGUCUCAACGUGCAAACGGGUCUCUGUAAUUAUAUCAUACUUCAUGCUGUCUAUUUAUUUUCUCUUGAAAAUGAACCUCUGUUAUCUUCAAAUAACGAACGUUUAAUCAACGAAGAUGUAGAAAAAUUUCGUACUCUUUCACCAGAUCUCAAACAUCAAAAGUUCAUUGAUGUUAAUGGCGGUCCAUCGUCGUUGGCAACCUAUCAUACUGUAAUUGACCGGCCAAUGAGGAGCUUAUCACCGGAAGAUGCUGAAAUACGAACGUCAAGAAGUACGUCGUUAAUAACGUUUGUUACAAGAAGCGUUGAAGAAUUUCGUAACGGGGUGAUACAUUGGCGAGGCCGCAAUAACUGUAGUAAGAAGAACCAGAGCACUAGCGCCAAUCCGCACAAAGAAGUGGUGGUGAUCCGGAGUACUGCGGAUUCAGCGGCGCGUAAGCUUCGAAGACAGCACGUCAACACAGUUGUGAAUUUCGACGCUACUCCUUCGACGUCUGCUGAGUUGAAACGGCUAUGUGACCAUCAGGAAUGCACUUCGGAAAGCAGCGCGAGUAUUCGAACAGAACCUGAUAAACCGCAUCUUCGAAGUCAUCGACGACUGAACUCAGGAAAUGAAACUACAGCAAACAGUUCGCCAAUGCCAACUGACGGGCAGCUUUAUUUGCGACAACAUGGUGAAAUUGAAAUUGAGGGAUUCCGUAAUUUGAUUCGAUGUCAUUCCCGGGUAGCAUUUGACUGUAAGCCGCUGAAAGCAGCUCUUGAAGAAACUUUAAAAGCUGCAGCUAGUGGUGCGACUUCUAGUUCCGUAUCUUCAUCGUUCAGGUCAUCCGACAGCGACGAAAGUUUGCAGUUGGAUAUUAGCCGUUACGACAAUGUUUCUCCGCAAAGUAAUAUUUCAGUUUUUUGA